UCGUUUUUCCCUUUGGUUGUCUCAGGCCUUUGCCCGCUCCUCCGUUCCUCUCUUUCCUAAGGUUCCUUUACUCUUUCCGUCCUGCUCAGGUAAAGAUCAGAGGGCGGAGGGUGACGAUCAGUGUGCCGAAAUAACAAAAGAAGGGAGGAACGGAAGGUGGGUGUUUCUUAAUAGUGAGAAAAUGAGGUGGGAGAGCGUUAAAGUAGUGAUGAGAUCUAAGGAAAACCUGGAAGAGAAGAAAUCACUAGGAAUGAAAAGUGAUACAUUGGGGCCUGGUAAACGAUGGGGUCACACAUGCAAUUCCAUCAAAGGCGGCAGGUUUCUGUAUGUUUUUGGUGGUUAUGCGAAGGAUAAUUGCCAGACAAAUGAUGUUUAUGUCUUCGAUACGGUUCUGGUUGUUUUCCCCGCAGUUAAACAAGCGUGGAGCAAGCCUGUGAUGAAAGGAAUUCCACCUUCGCCAAGGGACAGCCACAGUUGUACCACUGUGGGGACUGACCUUUAUAUCUUUGGGGGUACUGAUGGAAAAAAUCCAUUGAAGGAUUUGCAUGUGCUUGAUACCACUACAAAUACAUGGACUCAGCCAACUGUAAGCGGCAAUGGGCCAGAAGCACGGGAGGGACACAGUGCAGCACUUGUUGGCAAACGUCUUUUCUUAUUUGGUGGUUGUGGAAAGUCUCGUGUUGAGCAUGAAGAAGUAUACUACAACGACUUGUAUAUAUUGGAUGUUGAGAGCUUUGUGUGGAAACGUGUCUUAACAACUGGCAUUCCACCAUCAGCUCGAGAUAGCCAUACCUGUUCAUCUUGGAAGAAUAAAAUUAUUGUGAUUGGCGGUGAAGAUGCAUCUGAUUACUACUUGUCUGAUGUCCAUGUUUUAGAUACAGAUACUCUUGUUUGGAGAGAGCUAAACACUUCUGGCCAAAUAUUGCCUCCUCGUGCUGGCCAUUCAACCGUAGCACUUGGAAAGUAUUUGUUUGUGUUUGGAGGAUUUACUGAUGACAGAAACCUUUAUGAUGACCUCCAUGUGCUAAACAUAGACACAUGCAUUUGGAGCAAAAUUUUAAGUACAAGUCAAGCACCUUCAGCUAGGUUCUCUGUAGCUGGGGACUGCUUGGAUCCACAGAAGGGCGUCCUUGUUUUCAUAGGAGGUUGCAAUGAGAAUCUUGAGGCUCUUGAUGAUAUGUACUACUUACAUACAGAUAUAUCUAUAGGACAUGGGAAGUAUGAUCACAGGCAGGAAAAACUCUCAUUACGAAAAGAACUGAAAAGAAAGCAGAGAGAACAAUAUCUCAAUUCUGCGAAAUGGGUGCCUGAAAUUGAUAAAGCUUUACAUACUUCAUUCUCUUCUCUCAAGCAUGAACAAACAGGUGCUGAAAAUUGUUCAUUAUAUAAAUCUGACACUGGAGAGACAACAUUUGAGGCUACAAUUACAGAUGUUCUACAUUAUGGUUACAAAAUUGAAACGAAUAUUGGUGGAAAACCUUUACGUGGCAUAUUGUUCUCAUACUCACCAAGCUUGAACUUUUCUCAUCAUGCUCAUGUCAGUAGAAAAAGGAUAUCUAAAGCAAGGGAUGCUGCUGAAGGAAGAGAUAGCAGCAGACAGAAAGAAUUUGAUGGAGCCAUUGGAAAAAGAGAGUUUUUAGGGGUUCCUAAUGUGAAUGAAUCUACAAUGCAAGAGUCAGCAUUGGAAAAUCUUCCUUCCCUGUCCAAUGGCUCAUCUCCUACAAUAAGCCAUUCAAACUUGAUCCAUGAAAAUAGUGAACCAGAUUUUGUGCUUCAGCCUGCUCAAGAACCUCAAACUUCAGCUGCUGCAAAAGAAGCUCCUUCAACAAACUGUGUACUCCCAGAAGGAGAAACUAUCUCUACAUCCUCAAAGCAGGGUUUAUGCUGAGCCUAUGUAAAUGAUUUAGAAACAGCAACCGAGGAAGAACUAACACAACGGGUGGUGCACUACUGGGGGUGACUAAAAAGUUUGUGGACAUAGAAAAUUACUUGAAAUUACUAUUGAUCAGGGUGGUAGCAGAUAGCUGGUAUGGUUUCAUCCAAUUUUGCCGAUCUCCAUGCUGCGAGUCAAAGGGGAGCAUGCACGACAAUCUUGAUUUGGCAUCAGCAGGGGAUCCUGUACCAAGCAAGCUGUUGAUUACCAAUGUCUCCUUUUUACGCUGUAUUUUUAUCCAAGGAAGCAAAUGUAGAAUUCCCAGAAGGGAAAGUUCCAAUGUUAGCAUGCAUUUUGAAGUUAUUGUUGUCUGUUGUACUUAAACCUCAGUAUUGUAUCCAGGAAAUUGCAUGUACCAAGAGUUGUAGGUGAAAUGGAAAUUUGUUCCAUGAUGAGCAAA